AUGGCAACACCAAAGACUGCUGAGAACACGAUCUACUCUUUAGUCCAAGCAACCAUCCCCAAUGAGCAAUUGUGGGUCUUUCACUGGAUUUUCUCUCAUGCACUUGGUGCUCUUUUGAAACGUGAGCUUCAGCUUGUCCGUCUCAUCAUCUCUGAUGGUGACUCCACUGAGAUCUCCCAAAUUGAUCAAGCAAUGUCCAAGUGGAUGCCAGCUGGCAUUAGGCUGCGGUGUGUUUGGCACAUCACUGAUCGUGGUUGGUACAAUAACGUCUACGCUUUCCCCCAAAAAAGGUCAGCCAGACGCAAAUUCAGGCAUACAGCACAAGAAUCAUCCAGUUUGUUGCUUACAAAGUGGACCAGCUCAUGGGAGACAAAGGAUGAGUUGAAUGUUAGUGUGGAUCUCUUCAGAUGUGUCCUUUUAUCUGAUGAAACGAAAUCAUGCUUUGACCUGCUGCAAGUGCCCUCACUUUCUAAGUGGGCAAACAAGGUUGCUGCAAACAUUGAGCACAUGGCAUUCUGCAAACAAAUUUUCCAACCAGCAAUGGAAGAGUGUACCAACUCUACCCAAGAGGAUAAUUUUUCAUCCUUAAAGAGGAAAGACGCUCUAAGCAAAAAAAGGACAAUGCUAAGCAUGUUCAUGAUUAUUGAACAGAAAGCUGAAGAUCGAGUUAAAAAGUUUAAGCAGCAGGUUCAAGACAGUAGGAAGCAACCAUGGGCGGGUUUGGUGGCUCAUGUCACUCAGUCCCUUACAGGGUAUGGUGGAAAGGUAUUAUUCUCUCAAUUUUGUGAGAGGACCAGAUACAAAUCCAUUUGGGAGGCUGAGAAAGGAGUAUUUUACGUAUGGAGGAUGGAUUAUGAAGAUUCAUCGUCUAGUUCCACAUACCCUAAGACACGUCUACAAGAGGAUAUUGAAGGGGACGGUGAAUCAAGUACUGGCGAUGAAAUGAGUUCCAAGGAUGUAAUGAUGGAAAUCUUCAUCCCACGUUUCAAAAGAGUGAGGACAUUGUCAAUUCUAGAAGAUGGGAGACUAAGAUGUUCCUGUGGAUUCCCAAGGAGAAACCUCAUGCCUUGCCGUCAUCAACUUCAUGUUCUUGAUGU